AUGCUGAAUCCCAUCAACAGUGUAGCCUGAUAAAUGUGCACAUAAUCAUGAGCAGCAUUAUAACCGUUCUACUCUUCAGCGUCUUGCUGAUACUGACGAAGAUCUUGGAUGCAGAAUUAACAUGUGAACCAAUGCCGAUGGAUAGCUAUAUGUGCAUGCACCCCAAGUUAGGAUAUAAUCUGACGUCUCUACCCAAUUUGUUAAACCAUGCGUCCGUGGCAGACGCGGCUUUGGAAUUACACCAGUUUUGGCCGCUGGUAAAGGUAGAAUGCUCCGCAGCAUUGCGGCCCUACCUGUGCUCUCUGUACUUUCCUAUGUGUUUACCAAACCAAGGGACACUGUCACCCUGCAGGCGUCUGUGUGAAGCAGCAUAUAAGGGCUGUGCUCCUCUGAUGAGAAGGUUUGGCUUUCGCUGGCCAAGGGCACUGCGGUGCGGCCAGUGGACAGACGAGGGCAGUUGCUACGAGGGACCUGUGGAUUUGUUAUCUCAUAAACCAGGCGAUAUCUGUCUACAGAGGUACAACUCGUUGCUUUAAACACGCCGGAAGGUUUCUUCUGCUGACUGGCGACCUAUAUAUGGCUGUCAACGACCAGCAACACUAUACAGUCAGCCUGCAGUUUUCUUUACCGGUUUCUUUUCGAUCACAGAGACUAUUAUUACACUUAGAACGACAACAGCAUCGUGCUUUAAUUUGAAUAUUGGAGAGUUUAAUACAUGCUACUGACAUGAUGCCUAGCUAAACGAAAAAAUAUCGGUACAUGAGUUAAAUACUCGAAUAAAACCAAGUUUAGAUAAUUAAUUCUGUGUUCAUAAAGUGUUGUGUUACGUUCGAUACAGUUUUUGCAUAAAUUGAAUGUCUAAUUUGUUAUUUUCACAACACUGGGACUUGUCUACGUUAUCCGAGACUACUGGACGUAUUAUUUGAAUGUUCAAAAAUGUAUAUGAAUUCAAUAGAUUUAUUGUGCAGUUGUAGAAAUACACACAUUAAUAGGAAAAUGGGGACGUUAUCUUUACGCGGAUCAUUUACCUACACGAGCGGAUGUACCUCAAUGAUGCAGGUUGCUAUCGGCUGCACCCUGGCGGAUUAACCUAGCUUUUCACUGGCAUUAUCACGACAGCAGCGGUAGUACAUCUACCAUGUCAGCUGCAUUACAUAUCAAAAAGGCAAAAUUUUGGCUGGACUAUUGACGCGGAUCAUUUUUUGCGUAUGGGACAUGUUCCCUCUGAUCGGCUGAGAAGCGUGACGUCAUACGAGAAUAAAAGUUUGAGAAUCAGCAUGAAAUAAGUUUAAUUUAAACAAGGCAGCAAAGCUGUCAAAUGUACAGACAAAAAGCAGAAAGUAACGAUGGACAA